GUUGCAGGGGCGGCUAUAUUAUUAUGCUCCUCCGGCUCGACUCUCUCUCGAGUGUGUGCUACAGGCCGCGGAGAGGGGCGAAGUACCACCUAUAUACAGCGAAUGUAUUUCGCACGGACGUCGUGUGUAUAUGCGACGGUGGUGGCGGCGGCGGCUUUUUAUACUGCACCAAGAGGGGCCCACAAUUCAGUCAGUCUCCUAUCUGCAACUGCGCUAAGAGCAACGAAUUUUGCACUCGUGCGCUUCCAAAGUGCGACGUAUCUCAAUAUAUAUACGACAUAUAUUUAACUCGCCUUUCGUACGACAUCCACUCACAGAGAGAGAAAAGAUAGAAGUUUUAAAGUAUCGCCUAAAAAGUAUAGAAAACGUUGCUUGUGAAAAAAUUCAAGUUGGAGAAAAAGGAUAAUACGUCCCUCGCGCGUCGCGUUUCAAGAGAGAGGGGAACGAGAAAGAAAUCCUAAGAAAAGGAAGAUUCAGCGUCUAAUAACUGCGAAAAUAUGGCAACGGUUCUCGUGCGCAUGGGAAUCCGUCAGGCCCUGCAGAAGGGCUUGAUGGACAAGAAGAUGCUGGCACCCGCUGUCUGCGCCGGUGUCCUCGACCAAAACAACGGCUUCGAAGCUGCCCAUGCUCGUCCCAAUCCGAUCGCCAUGCAGCGAGUCUUGCAGCUGCGUGAAAUGAGCACCGGCAAACGUAACGUGCACCAGACCAGCUCGGCCGCGGUCUCGUCGCUCGAGGAAAAAAAGCUCGAGCGAAAGAUGGAGGAGGAGGAGGACAGCGACGCCGACAGCAGCGACGACGAGAGGAACCCCAAGAACCAUCCGGCGAGGCCUCGAUCGAGCUUCUGGAGGCGUAAAAUGAGGACGCUCCACAGCCACUUGGACGUCAACAAGGACGGCGUCCUCAGCUACGACGACUUCAAGCUCUGGGGCGAGCGAUUCGCCAAGCUCGGCCAUCUCACCGACGAGCAGAAGGAAGAGUUCCAGGAGGUUUUGCAACAAAUGUGGGAGGAGCACUGGGGACCGAUCGACCAGUACAACCUUAUCGACGUUGAGACUUACCUGCAGGAGAUGCAUCACGUUCUCGAAGACAAAUCUCUCAGGAAGAAGGUUCAUCACUUUUUACCUUAUCUCUUCAAGGCGGUCGACAAAGACAACAGUGGCGAAAUCUCAGUUCAAGAGUUCAAACUCUUUUUCAAAUGCAUUGGACUCGAUAACGACGAUGCAGUAGUUAGUUUCAGUUAUAUCGAUACCAACGAAGACGGCAAAAUUAGUCUUGAAGAGUUCAUCAAACUCGGCCGCGACUUCUUCUUGGCCAGCGACUCCAAGAGGCCCAGCAAACAUUUCUGGGGGCCUUUGGUCGAUUAAGAACGAUCCAGCCAAGAUCGUUCAAAAAAGCGUUAGUCAUUCUCAGUGAUAUUUAAAUUUUAUAAAUAUAUAUUUGUAUAUUGUUUUGUACACAUUCGAAAACAUUCUCAUCAGAUUUGAAAGUACUUUAUGUAUUUUAUAUUGGACUCGAGUCACACAAAAAAAAAACUUAACUUUACAAAUUUUUUACU